AUGCAGGCUUGGAAGACGCAAAGUCGUCGUCCUAGCUUGGCCUCGAUCAAUUUAAAGUACAACAAAACUCUCGGCCAUAGACUAAGAGAUGCGAUUGAGUAUACCAGCAACUUAAUCUACCCGUUUGUCAAACAUGUCUUUCCGAACUUCAUUGCCAUUCAUUACUUCUACAUCAUUAUAAUGACGGUGAUAGGCUCAAUUUUGAUGUAUCCGGUCAAGAACUACGCGUACAUUGAUAUCCUUUUUUCUGCAGCAGGAGCUUGUACGCAGGGUGGACUGAACACUAUAAAUACAAACGAGAUGACCUUAUACCAACAGAUUGUGAUUUACCUCAUCUGCUGCUUGACAACGCCAAUCUGGAUUCACGGAGGGUUAGCAUUUGUUCGUCUGUAUUGGUUCGAGCGCCAUUUCGACGGAAUAAAGGUCUGGUCGAAGAAGAAUUUUAAGAUGCGUCGAACGAAAACGCUGAUCCAGCGAGAGAUGACAAGAACUGCGACUGGAGCCCAGCGGAGACCCACGAUGAAAGAUUCACACGGUUCCCGGGGCUUCACGAGCAAUACGGACUUUCAAACCAAACUUUUCAGUGGGCAAAUGGUUAAUAGAGAGGAAAAUUCAAGCCUGAAAGAAAAUUACGAAAUGAACAGCAUGAAUGAGCAUGAAGGCGAACAGCAGGACAAUAAAGAUGUUCGUGCAAGCUCAUCAACUGGCUCUACCAAAAGCGUUGAGCAAGGUGACGAUAUUCCGGGAAUCAAAUUCGGUGCUUUGCCCAAGCCACCCAAAAGUGACAGUCAUCACAUGCCAACCGCUGCCGAACAGUUCAGUGCAAGAAGGAAGUCAGAGGACAUUUCGCCGGCGGAUAUGUUUCGAUCUAUUGCGAUGCUGAGGAAUCAGCAUGUUGUAGAGGGGAAAGGCGAAGACGGUCCUGCUCUUAUCAUCAACGGACCGGCUGAAAGAAGGCAAGAAGCAGAAACGAAGCCUGUCUCUGCCGUUCAUGGUGCUACAACUCCACCUGCCUCCUCAAGCCACAGCACGAACGCCCUACCACCUUCGCCUGCCCAUAGUGGAGCUACCAUGUUGUCCACGACUCAAGAUUCAGACUCUGUUCAGCAUAUUCCUAGCAAUAAUGAGGCAGUAGAGCUGAGUAGUGAUUCUUCAACUGCAGAAACUUCCAAGCCGGUUCAGUGGAGUCCCAAUGUCAAUAAUAACUCGUUCACGCCGUCAUCGAUACAAUUUCAACCACCGCCGCGGAGAAUCAAGCGUAGGUCACAAGGAGGGCCCAAAAAUAUCAAAAGAAACCGCAAAUCUAUUAAAAAGUUCGUUCGUCCCUCAAUGCUACGUGACAGGAUACGAAGACGGAGGAAUGAUACGAACGAAGAUGGUAACGACGCUGAUUUAGAGCCCGACUCCACCGACAAUGAAUCUGUCGAGCCAACAGACAUACCGAGUCAUGCAGUAGCAGACAAUAAUUCGCUGGACGACACGACAGAAACGCCAAACCUGGAAAAGGUACACUCAAAUCUGGCUGUGCCCUCCAGGGAUGCCACUGGUGGCUCAAAGUUUUACAAGAGAAGCAACACCAUGGAACCUAGUAAUAAUGGCAAUCUGGACUUGCUUACGAAAUCGCCAAGUUUCCAAAAAAUGAUAUACAAUAAGUGGAAAGAAGAUCGUCGACGUAAGGGGGGGUUCUUACGUCGAAAAAGCUCUGUCAUCUCUCGCAGCUCUAGCGAUUUUGAUGGGGCCAACGAAUAUCCGUUUGAUGAAAGUAGGGAUCGAGGGGAUACAACUGACGAUGAGGAAGCCAUGGGAGACUAUGCGGGGCUUGCUUUUGACCAAGCUAUAGAAAGACCACCACGGUUGCAGCGAAUGAGCACUAACUAUUUGUCGUACCAGCCUAAGAUCGGUCGUAAUUCUACUUUCGUGGGCUUAAAUGAUGUGCAAAAGGCAGAGCUUGGAGGCGUAGAAUAUAGAGCCAACAAGCUUCUUUGCAAACUGCUGUUAGUCUACUACAUCGGUUUUCACAUAAUGGCAUUUGUUAUGUUAUUGCCAUGGAUCACAAGAAUGAAAAGCUAUGUCAACCUCUUGCGAACAGAUGGCGUUUCUCCUGCUUGGUGGGGAUUUUUCACUUCUAUGAGUGCUUUCAAUGAUCUUGGAAUAACGCUGACCCCUGAUUCCAUGAUGUCAUUCAACACUGCGGUUUAUCCAUUAAUAGUUAUGAUGUGGUUCAUCGUGAUUGGCAACACUGGUUUUCCCGUCUUUUUGCGAUUCAUAAUUUGGGUCCUUUUCAAAGUUAGCCCGGAGCUAUCUUUAUUGAAGGAGUCAUUAGGCUUCUUGCUGGACCACCCACGGCGUUGUUUCACAUUAUUAUUUCCAAGUGCACCAACAUGGUGGCUAUUGUUUAUUUUGGUAGCAUUGAACGCCAUUGACCUGAUAUUGUUCAUUGUUCUGGACAUAAACUCCCAAGUAGUGGAAGGCCUGUCAAGUGGCUUCAAAAUUCUGGAUGGUCUUUUUCAGGCUGUUAGCACGCGAACUGCGGGUUUUUCCGUCUUGAACCUAAGCUUACUGCAUCCCUCCAUCCAAGUUUCUUACAUGCUGAUGAUGUACGUUUCCGUGCUGCCCCUGGCUAUCUCAAUCAGACGUACAAACGUCUACGAAGAGCAAUCUUUGGGAAUAUAUCAUCCUCACGACGGUGGUUCCGAUGCAGAUGAUGACACUGAAAGUAAGAAUAUGAACCAAAGCCCGAAAUCUUUUAUUGGUGCGCAUUUACGUCGUCAACUAUCUUUUGACCUGUGGUUUCUGUUUCUGGGCUUAUUCAUCAUUUGCAUUAGUGAGGGUGGCAAGAUACAGGAUCCCAAAAAGCCCGAUUUUACUGUCUUUCAAGUUUUGUUCGAGAUCGUCAGCGCAUACGGAACAGUGGGCCUUUCCCUUGGAUAUCCCAAUACUGACCAGUCUUUUAGUGCGCAGUUCAACACAUUUUCUAAGGUGAUCAUGAUUUUUAUGCUGGUCCGCGGGAGACAUAGAGGCUUGCCAUAUUCCCUGGAUCGAGCUAUCAUCCUACCGAGUCAAAGUCUCGAGCAGCGCGACAAGAUUGAGGAUAUGAACCGCGAGGGAGGCUCUGGGAUCAACGACCCACUCGUGGCGUAUUUGCGGAAACAGUCGAAGUUCGCCAAGGGUCAUUUUAAGAGCAUGCUAAGGAACAGAAGUUCUUUAGCUCAUGGUGAAGGUGAAGGCUCUUCUCUGAGAAGCGAGGAGAGGCCUCCUCACAGAAAAUUCUCAAAUGGGACCAACGCCAGUUCACCUUCACUGCGUAGUGUAGUGGAUUACCAGAUGCCUGCCAGUGACCGGGUCCCUAUCCAUGGUGAAAUAAGUCCGAUGUCAGGGUCUCCACGCGCAAGAUCUCCACGUGCAAGUUAUCGUAACGUCGAAACUGAGUUGAAGUCCCGGGGUGACGAUGCGGAGGAAGAAAGCUCCCGGUUGGACGAAGGAAACUCUCGGCUGUCUCAAGAGGCACCGGAUGCUCAAGAAGAAGAGCGGGCACGCAUAUUGCCAUAG